CCAAUCUGUCCCCAAUGUCCCCUCUCUGGAUGACACCUCGCCCGCCUCAUGUCCCUCCUCCCCAUGCCUCCCGCAGAACACACCCAUGGGUUGCGCAUCCCCUGGUGACGGGGCGGGCUGAGCGAACCACCCUUCGACUCUGUCCAAUAGGAACAUGAUGUGGACGAUGAUCUGGAGGAAUGGGCUCGCAUGCAAGUUGCGCAUCUGUUCGGUACCCUGAAGAGGUUAGUUAUAUCGUCUGGUUUGUUGAAGAUGGGUCUUUGACACUCUUGACACUUCUCUCGAUACAAGUUUGAAGCCUCUCCCGGCCUGUCUACCGUGUACAACAUUGUAUCCCAUCGGGUUCACUCUGUCAUGGAGGGGUAGAUCUCAAGCAGGCAAACGUCUUGUCUUGGCUUUGACUGACCUGUCCUUGACGACGUCAGGUCAGGGUCUCUUCAGAACCAAAAGGACUCGGGAAAAGAACACUGAUCGUCUUUUGUGUUUCCAAUAUCUGAUUCAUCCUCCUCGUUUCCAAUUCUUCAACUCACUUCUCGUUCCCGUCCUUCUUUCCAUCGCCCUCUUUUCACAACCCUCUUGACUCUCUGAAUGGGCAUGCCUCGGUCUUGGUAGCUGUCGUGACUCGACUCUACCCUUCCACACGUCCUGCUGCGACACCUCUCCUUGGUCUUGAACACUCAUGAUACGGCAAACAAGAGAAUGGCACUUUGUCGAAACGAGCAUUCCAUAAGCCAUUGAUCUUGCGUGCUGCGGCAUCCCAAAGCUCUCGCUGGAUAUAAGAACGAGGAUAACAUCGCACAGAAUCCCGGAUCCGUUUCACCUUUCUAUACCACUUUCGAAUAGAGCGUUUAACAAGCGUCGUCAAAGAGUUCAACUGUCCAGAUCAUCACCGCAACACAACAUCACACCAGCGUACCACCCUACGUCCACAGUAGCCAUAGACAAUAGUCUCUUUACGUUUCACCAACCGAGGUCCUAGCCAACGCAUCUCAAGGCGUCCAAGACCCCGAGCCCGUAGAGCAAGGAGGUUCCCCGCUCGAGGAAAUCCCAAAGAUCGCCUUUCCAACCGCCAAAGUGGAGGAAUCAAAGAACGAAGCCCUCGACACCACGAGGGCUACUGACAAGGGCAAAGGCCGCGAAACCAUAACACCACCCGCCGAAGCUGCUCCCUCAGAAAGCAUGUCUACUGCACCCCUCAUGAGCUACUCACCCUUUCAGGGACAUCAUGGUGACCCUGAGCAUGAGCAAGCUGAAUGCGAACACAACUACGGGUAUGGUCAUCAGCAUGAUCACGCCCACACCCACACCCCCCAACAUGGAUAUGCCCCCGAGUCCAUCGGCGGUGACUCGGAUUUUGACCAACACGCUUGGGCUUUUGUCAAUGUCAGCCCCGAUACCGGUACUUUGGGCGGCCUUCAGGCCAGCCCUGUCCAGGGUAGUCUAAGCUCUUGGACCAAUGUUGAGGGACAGUUUGGCGGCGGGUUAAGCCCCCUGCCAGCUGCCUUGACUCCAGAUGCCUUGUCUGGCUCGCCCGAAGGUGGCUACCAAUUCUCCGCUGAUGAUUUCUCACAAUUCGAUGGGUAUACCUUCGACAACGUGGACAUCAACUCUAUUCUGUUUCCUGAUCCGCAAUACGAACAAGGCAUGGCUGCUGUAGGACCAUCUGAACAGCCUGCCAGCCACCAGAACCAACAAUCACAGGACUUUCAGGACGACUUUGACCUCCACAUUGUCUUGUCUGGUGUUGAUGUCCCACCUUGGGACCCUCUUCAUCCUGGUGGCCUCGAGCCCGGGUUCAUGGAAGAAGUCCCCUCUCCCUUCAACAUGGGUAUCGAGAUCGGCCCAGGUGCACUCAGUUCCAGCCCACCAGAGAGUAUCAAGAGCCACACCUUAAGCCAUCACUCUGCCCCAGAGGAUGCUUCUUACAUAUCCGUUCAAGUCCAGCAGCGAUACCCAGCUCCCUCCGUGUCCGUUCCGGGCCCCUCCUCAUCUUCGCACGCGACCUCCAAGCCCACUGCCAUCCAUAAGACCCGUGGCAAUGCUCGCGUCCAGAAGAAAAAGGUACCACCCAGCCCGUCUACAGUCACCUUCUCUUCCACAUCCCCCGGCAGCGUGACCGUGAACAACUCCGGUGAAAACAAGUUCGUCGUCAUCACCCCGCAGUCCAUCAGUCAGAACGCUGCUAAGGGCAGCAGCGCGGCCUUGUUCGGCGGUAAGGACGCCGAGAGAAGCAGCCGCACCACUCUCAGGGGCCGCAAGGGUCCUCUCGCCAUCUCCACCGCCGUUUCCGCCUUGCAAGUCCGCCGCAUAGGCGCCUGCUUCUGCUGUCACGCUCGUAAGGUGUCGUGCGAGGAAACACGCCCGUGCCGGCGGUGCGAGAAGCUCAAGCUCACUGUGCCCGAGGUGAUCUGCUGGCAGUUCAGCGACUUCACCGAGGUCAUCUUUCCGGCAUGGCUGAAAGUACAUCUGAAGCGGGAAGGCGCUAAGGGAGCAGAGGAGUACGUAAGGGAAAACGUCGCCUCUUUUUCGGUGCGCUUCCGGGAGGACGAAAAGGAGUCCGAGAAACCGAUCAAAUUGCGUCUGACUCUCGGCCGUGGCUUCAACAAGGAUGCUAUGCUCACCGUGUUUGCCAAGUUCUUCACUCCCACCCCCAACGCCCCCGACGCUACGAGGUGGUACACCGUGCGCGAACACUCGCUCGGGGCGGGCCACGGGCUCGUCCUCGAAGAGUCCCCGGCGACGCCGAUUGCGCUGCCGUAUGGCUGGCUCGACCAGCGCGAAGAAUUGCGCCGGCAUCUGCGACAGUUUCACGAGGGACUAUAUAACGAAGACCAAUGGGCUUACCUCCUCACACAAUCGUGCGAGCAUACUACCAAAAUCCCCAAUCGGGUGCUUCCUAUUUUGCGACGAUACGCCAACGAAUCUCGCAACGGCAUGGUCAAGCGCGCGCUGCAGAUUCUGACCAUGAACUACACCAUGUCUUAUCACCUGCACCUGGACCCAGAAUCCGUGCACGCUAUUGAGGUUGCGGGGUAUCGGGUGCCCGAGGGUUUGGACAGGAAGGUUCUGACGGCCAGGGUGCUGAACAGGCAGCUGAAAGCGGUGACAAACGACAUGAUUGAGCGUGAGGUGAGGAGGCUGUUUGAGGACUUCAGCAAGGCGCUGAAGCCAAGAUCCCGCAAGGAGUGGGCGGGCUGCUUUGCGGCGUUCGCGGCGCUCAGUGUGUUUUUGGAGUAUAAGGAGGCGCAGGCGGACGCGUAUGUGGUUAUGGAGAAUGAGGUCAAGAAGAGGGAUUGGUUGUAUAAGGUUCAGCAACGGCAGCAACAGCAGCAGUACCAUCAGUAUCAGCAACAGGAAGCGGAAAAUAUCAUGGGCAGGAAAGAGGGAGGUAUCGAGAACCUCGGGGAGAUUGAACAAGGCAUGGAUCAGUUGAAGAUGGACUUUACUCGCAAACAAGCCUGGGAUACGCUCGAGGCGAUCGACAAUUUGCCGUUCAAGCAGUUCAUGUAUCAGUUCCACCAGAUUUAUCAAACGCAUCCGUCGACGGCGAAAGACGGGAAGGCCUUUAACCCAUUUGUGGAUGAUGAGGCGUUGGAGAGCCUGAGGGAGUUCCCGGAUGGCGAGGCGGCCAUCUAUAUGGUGAAGACGUUCCGGGACCGGUUUUUUGACGUUUCGGAUGUUCGCCACGAACUCGACUUCCUAACCUUCGACCCCAGCGGUCCUCCCAAAGAGAACGUCGACCCUUUCACCGAUCCCGCCAAUAAAAACAAGACUAGCCUCUUCCACUUGUUCACCGGUCGACUUCUCUCCAAGUUCUUGCUUUCGUUCAUCGACGAGAGAAUGAUUAUGGGAUCUACCGGUUUCACCGGCGGUGGUGGUAUGUGAAUUGUGAAGUGCGCGGUGUUGUGGGGUGUGCUAUGUGAUGUGAAGGGAAACAAGGGGUUAAGCCGUUGCUACAUUCGUCCUGCUCGUUUUUUUUUCUUUCUUCCCACCCAUCUUUGUAGGAUCCCGACCUGAACUGACCACAAUUCGCCUAUCGCUAGGCAAGGACGAGAUUAACCCCAACGUUAACAAUGACAACGAAGACGACGACAACGGCGAUAACACCGGUGGACAUGUUUUCAUUAUCAAUGACAACGAGCAACUCGAAGGCAGCAACAACAAUAACCCCAGAGAGAUGAUCGGAGAGGCUGGCUCGCUGCGUGUCUUCCUCAAAGUCAUUCUCCUUCCGAGUCUCGCGGCUUUCUUUGCGGGCUUUUCCUAAGGCGUGGAGCGCUGGAAUUUUCAUCGGUUGGGAUCACGCAAGGCGGAAUAGCGGGCACUUGGGCAUGGGCAUGAUUGGUUGCGUUUGCAUUGCGUUGCGUUCGAUCGAGCAAAGAAUUUCGGAGUUCAGGGGUGUCGAACCGAGGAGAGGUCGGAGUAUCGGGUGUCAUUUUUCCUCCUUUAUCUUCGCUUCUUCUUUCGCAGCAUGGGAGGAAUUGAGCACAGCGAGGAGGCGUAGAUCUCGUAUUUGCACAAAGAUCACAACAGUUAGGGCAAGAGAGAGCAGAGGAAACGCUUAGAUACCCAUGAAGCCAGGGAUACUCGCCGGAUAUUCGCUGCAUAUAUAGAGCAGCCGCAGGAAUGAAAGAUGGAAUUCAACACAAAAACAAAAGGACAUGGAACACUUGGUUGGUGAUACUCGAGUGGCUGUUGUAUUUAGCAACGUCUAUUUCUUGUGCUUACUUUACCUCCCUCACUCAGGGAAUGACUCGCAAAAAGGAGGAAAAAAAGAUGGGGCCACCCGGGGAUUGAACCCGGGACCUCUCGCAAGAAUGCUCAGGAUUGAACCCUAAGCGAGAAUCAU